AAUAGACUUUAGAAACAAUAAAUGACAACAUCCUGUUCCUACCUAGAUCUAAUGUAAGUUCUUAGGCCCUAGUAAAGUCAUCAUUCUAGAACAGUAGUGUCACAGAAUAACAGAAGAUCAACACAGCGUUGUACAGAGGCUUCAACAUCGGAAAUGGCGACGACAAAGCAAAGCCAAAACACAGGGAUUGGAGGGCAGUCCACCCCUUCGUCGAAAAAUAAUGCGGCUGGGAGUAUUGUUGACGAUUUCAUGUACGGAUCAAAUGUUGCUUCAGCUCACAUUUACAUUCGUAUGGGCUUCAUGCGUAAAGUUUAUGGCAUCCUUGUAACUCAACUCAUAGUCACCACCAUGGUGGCUGCCCUGUUCAUGGCCAGCGAAUCAGUGCAACAGUUUGUCCAGGAAAAUCACUGGAUGAUGACUCUCAGCUUCGUUGGAACGUUUGGCUCCUUGUUUGCCCUCAUGUGGAAACGUCAGGAGACUCCAACAAACUAUAUCCUGCUCGGAGUUUUCACUUUGAUGGAAGCAUAUGCUAUUGGAGUCGUAGUGACUUUCUACAAAGUGCCUUCUGUCAUUGAAGCUUUCAUGCUCACCGUUGGUUUGUUUGUUGGUCUCACACUGUACACACUCCAGAGCAAGAAAGAUUUCACAUCCUGGCACGCACCGGCCAUGAUGUGUCUGUGGACGCUCUUUAUUGCAAGCUUAAUACAGAUUUUGCUGCCCGUGUCUGCCAUGCAUAUGGCCAUCAGCGUGUGUGGUGCUGCCCUCUUCUGCGUGUUCAUCGUGAUCGACACGCACCUGAUCAUGGCGAAGCUGUCGCCAGAGGAAUACAUUCUUGGGGCCAUCAAUCUCUACAUGGACAUCCUCAACCUCUUCCUCUACAUUCUGCGCAUCUUGGGCGAGAGGAAGUAAAAGACUCUUGAUGUCGAGAUGUCUUGAUGUCGAGAUGAGAGCAGGGAGGCUGUUUCUCCCGGCUGAAAGUUUUCCAGAAUUUCAAAAAGUAAUAGAGCAAAGGCCCACGGUCUGUUUUGGGUGUUUCCGACUUUCUAAAGUUUUUGUAGUAUGACCAUCCAUUUUGGCCUUGGUCUCUGUGAUGUCGUCAUCGUUUCUCUUUUGUUAGCAAUUCAGUAUACUCUGAAAGUCUUUCCAGGUGUCGGUAGCACCUGCUGAGAGAAGCUCAACGUACGUUGUACAGUGUCCAUGCUGUGGUUGUGUUUGUUGUUACACCCAUGAAUGUGAUAACUAUUGUUCUAAUUGCACCUUUUCAUUUUCUUUCAUGAAAGGAGAUACAUACUAUACGUAUUGUCCACAAGUUGUUCACAUGUAAUAAGCCCAACGUUUAGAAUUUCAUUUGGGUUUUAUUGUAGUAUCUUAAUCUUUGGUAUCGGUUGUAGGUGCUCAAGAAAUAUUUUGUACAAAGUUCAAAUUAUAACCAUUGAAAAGAUAAAGGCAGGAAAAGAUAGAUCAAGUAGAUAAAAUAGUUAAAAAAUUGACUAGUUUUUUUCUCUCUCUUGAAAAAUUUUGAUUUCCAGGCUUAUGACAUUUGAACAGCUUGGCCAUGAUAUGAUUUAAUUAUUGAUAAUGUGUUAAUGGUCCCCGGCGUAAAUUGUCUGACUCUGAGAACUUUGCUCAACAGGACAGGAUUUUUUUUGGGGGGGGUUUAGUAACAUUGGUAGUUAACACAAACAGUGGGGAUUAGUUGUGGGUCAUAAGAACACUUCAUAUGUUUUGGUUAGUGUCAAAGUCUGUGUAUUACUCGAGAAAAUAUGGAAAAAUCGAACCUCAGAUGGCUUGGACUGAGAACUCAUAUUAUUAUAUAUGUUGUAUCUGUAUUUAUAUAUUUUUUUUCUGGGAAAUGUAAUGUUUCACUAUAAUUUUAUCAUGUUUAAGUUUAAGCAGAUCUCAUAAAUAACUCAUUUGUUUUAUUUUGCGAAAAACAGCCCAAAGCAAGUAACACCUUCUACCCGCUCUCAACAUAUCUCUAAAUUACUGUCGAAAGACAUUUUCUUUUGGAUACACUAGAACUAGACCUUACAACACGUGGAUGCUAGACCCCUUUUUACUGACAAGUAUUUCACCUUGAUGAAGUUUUCUCUGACAUACUUCUGAUGAAGCUGAUGAUAGUUCGCCAACUGCACUCUAGAUUCCUCCGAGAUGCCCCUCUUUUUUGGGCACUUGUGAAAUUUUGGCACCGUAUGUGGCUCGUAAUUGUUAUCACUCCACAAAAAAAAAUUCCUUAAGUCCUUCUCCAAGACUUACGACACCUGUGAAAAAAUGGACGCUACUUCGAAAUUUGUCUGGCGUUCAGUCCAUAAAGGACUCUGUGUUGGAGCACUCGCUGCUGACAAAUUAGUGCAGGAUUGGUUUGCAUGGUAGCCAAUGUCAGUAAUUUUUCAGGUGAAAAUGUCUCAACAUCUAGACCAAAGCUGGACUAAAAAUGGAACAAAUUUCAAGUCCUACAAAUUUUUUAAAAGCCUGUUGGCAUCUUUGUUUCCUGCGGGUAUCUUUGUUUCUUGCGGGUUUUUUGUCACAUUACCAUAUGUCUAUGGUUUUAAAAAAAAGUCAAACAACUGAAGACAUCAUAGAUUUUUGUCAGUAGUUAUGAUUAUGUUCAGGGUCUCAUAAUAUUCAGUGCUUGGUUGAAUAGGGGUGUUAUUUGUUGAUGUCAUCUGUUAGAGGCUUGAGUGAAGAAGAUGAGUUCUGACUUAAGACCUUACUGGUGGCACAGUGGCUAACAGAUUGUCAUCUCUGUUGAUGGGCUCCUUGUUGGAACUGUAAACCUUGUGGUUGGGAAACGUCUCAUGUACCCAGGCUUACCUUCUUCAUUCUCUUUCGCUGUUUUCGGGAUUUGGUGGUUGAUCGGUAACUGCCGGCAAAGGAUUUGACUCGGUUUUAGGACAUUGUGUUAUUUCAUUUGGAUUUUAUAUUUAAUAAUAGUUGUAAUGAAGUGCAUUUUUAUAGCACCUACUCCCCUGGUGGGUAAAACAGGGUUUUUAAAUUUUUCCCUGAAGGCAGGCAGUUGAAAGAAACUUCUGUGUGCCAGUAAAGAUCUUUAAUGUUUAUACCACGACUAACACUGAUGUACACGAAGAGAAAGGAUCUAUGGAAAUAACGUAAGGUCUACUGUUUAACUCUGGAAUGGAAAAUAUGAAUUCUAGAGUAAUGUAGAAUUUGACAUAUAUGUUGUUUGUUCACAUGGACCUUAGAAAUAAGCCAUGCAAUACACAGUUUAAAAAUUUUGUAAGUUAGAGGGGAAAAACGGUCAUCCUGGCAAUUUGUGUGUGUUUUUUUUCAUUUGUGAAUUUUCUUCUUUUCCUGCAAAGGUGGCGUCGUGGCCUAGUGGUUAGGCUACCGAACCCAUAGUUGUAAGAUUGAGGGUUCGAGCGUUAGCUCAGUUCGAUAUUGUUCCCUUGGGAAAGACGCUUUACCCGAACUUCCCAUUUGGCUCGGUCCUUUUGGAGAUGGACGUUAAACUCGGAGGUCCUGCCUCUGAAAUAGGUUCAUGGGGCGUUAAGCUUAUACCAUUUCACCAUUGUUUUUUUUUUCUACAAAGACCAGCGACUUGGGUUUCUAAACUUCCUUCACUGAAAAUUAAAACCAUCAUGGUAGAAAACAGCGUAGUGUAGCACUAUUAAUGUUAAGUGAUGAAUGAUUUUACUUUGAAUUACUUUGCUUUUUAUGUAUAUGUGGGUUAUUAUUUUUUUUGUUUUUUUGGGUUGCUUUUUCUUUGUAAAGGUCAGGCUUCCUCUAUGGUCAUGGUUUUUAUGUUUUUAUGAUUAAUGUGAACCCAGUGAGUCCACGGGUAGAUUGCCAUAUAUAUAUAUAUAUAUAUACAUUGACUGCUUUGUAUGUCAACGAUCUGGAUUUCCAGACAAUUUAGCCUUUACGUUAGUUUUUCUUUUGCACAUGUGGUUUUUAGAUGGAAAGCUUCAAACAGCUGUAACAUCUCUACAAAUGAAUGACCUGGUCAGCAGAGUGCUAUUUCGGUCUCACAUUUUUCCUACGGUGAUGGUAAUGAAAUACAUGUUGUGGCCUGUCUCUAGGUCCAGAUCGAGAACAACAGUUAAAGCAAAUAUUGCAGGAUGGCUUUCAAAUAUAAUAUGUGGACUGAUACUGAUAACUCUAGAAUCCAAGACUUUUGUUUUGAAAUUAAAUUACACGCCCAGUCUUGUUUUGUUCUUAAUAGUGGCUAGUUCUUCAUGCAGGAAUUACUUUGUCAUGAACAGGAAAAGUCCUCUGUGCUUUUCAGGAAAACUUAGGAAGGCUUGAACUUGACCAAAAAACAGGAAGAUGCCCAAAUUUUGACUGGCUUGUUGUCGUGCAUUGAGCCAGACUGUUUUUCUCACUUUUAUUUGUUUCCUUGCUGGAGUAAGGGGAAACAAAUAUGGUAUAUAUGUCAAGUCAAAUAACAACAGUCUUUGGUUGUAGAGUCUUUUCCCAUACUCCAUAGUGGGAUUUUUAACAUCCUUGUUCUUGUUAUGAUAUGAGAACUUGAAUAAAAUUAUAUAAAAAAUAA